AACCAUAUUAUUCGAUAGUUUCACUCACAUUUAACUAGUGUUUUGCCUAUUGUUUUAUGUAUAAAAUGCCUUGAUAUUCUUUGUUUUAUGUUUUGAAGGCACCUUUAGAUGAAAGAUGCAAAAAGGAGUAAAUUGGAGAUAAUUGGCAGAUUUGAUGUUCAGUCGAUGUUUUGUGCAGAGCGUGAGUUCUAAAAAUCGAAACGAAGUGAUUCCAGUGGCAUUAGAAAGAUAACAUCCAUACCUUUCUGGAAAUCUAAGUGAAGAAAAAUAAAAUGACAAAGAGUAUGGAAAUCACAUCCUUCAAAGUCAAAACUCGCAUUCUGCCAGUGUUGACCUUUGUCCAUUCAAAAUUCAAUAUCUGGAGAUGUUGAUAUCCAAUUGAUGCAAACUCAAUUGUUUUGGAUUCCUGACUCAAAGUUGUAUAAACGCUCCAAAUUUCAGCCAAAAACGAUGUCAUAUGAGGGUGAUAUGAUUUUUCAAAGAUGACAGCUAAAUUCUGCCAGCAAUCAGGUUUCGUGAAGAAACAAAUCCAAAUUACAUCCCGAAGCAUCAAAACCGACAUCCAAGUUUUAAUUUCAGCAAUUUAGCUCCUCAAGAACAUCAAUCCAGAAGGUCAAGGAAGGCAGCCACCAACCUCAAGCCACCAACCUCAAACCACCAACCAGCCGCCAGCCGCCAGCCGCCUUCACACUACCACCAUCUCUUGAUGUUCACACUUGAACUUUGAUUUUUCUUACUUGCAAUUUGUGUAUAAAUAGGCAGCUAAGUUCAUGAUAUUAGGGGAGCCAAGAGAGAGGGAGAGGGAGUGCAGUAGAAUCAAAGAAAGAAGGGUGGCAGCCAUAAGAGAAGAAACACAAACUCUCCCCUCUACAAAUCAGAAAUCAUGUAUUCUUUCAUCUUUAGGAGUAGUUUUUCAAUAGAUAUGCAAGGCUAAGCUCGUUUUCUUGGUUGUAAGGACGCAAACACCUUCAGAUUUCAAGAACUUUGGAUCUCGAAAUAGAAAACACUUUACGCAGGUUACGAAAGGAAGCUCGCCUCAACACCAUGGCUGUUGCACGACAACAAACACUCAAGGAGCUUGCUGCUCCUAACGUGGAAAAUCAGCCACUGUGCAUAAACAUCGAAAAUAAUGUAAACUUUGAGCUCAAAUCUGGUUUUAUACAUUUGCUACCAACAUUCAAUGGUCUUGCAGGAGAAGAUCCUCAUACUCAUCUCAAGGAGUUCCAUAUGGUUUGCAUUGGCAUGAAACCGAAUGGAGUUGACGAAGAACAGGUUAAGUUGAAAGCUUUCCCUUUCUCUUUAAAAGGGGCAGCAAAGACAUGGCUUUUCUCUAUUCUCCCAGGUUCCAUUGGAACUUGGAAUGCCAUGAAGAAGAUUUUCCUUGAGAAGUACUUCCCAGCAUCUCGAGUUGCCAACAUAAGGAAAGAAAUAUGUGGGAUUCGGCAAUCUCAUGGAGAGACACUCUCCGAAUAUUGGGAAAGAUUUGAGCAACUCUGCAUUCAAUGUCCUCAUCAUCAAAUACCCGAUCAGCUGCUCAUUCAAUACUUUUAUGAAGGAUUGAUGCCUACUGACCGUAGUAUCAUUGAUGCUGCAAGUGGAGGGGCAUUGGUAGAUAAGACACCCGAGGCUGCACGCCAAUUGAUCUCAAACAUGGCAGCCAACUCGAAACAAUUUGGCACUCGUGGAGACUUCUCAAACAAACGAGUAAAUGAGGUAAGUGUUUCUAACCUUGAAAAUAAAGUUAAUGAUCUUACUUCUCUUGUGCGUUCUUUGGCUUGUGGAAAUGUGCAGCAGGUGAAAGUUUGUAGCAUAUGCUCCUUACAAGGACAUGCCUCAGAUAUGUGCCCAACAAUGCAAGAAGAUUACAUUGAACAGGCUAAUACAGUUGAUGGAGCAUUCAAUGGACAACCCCAACGUAAAUAUGAUCCCUUUUCCACCACAUACAAUCCUGGAUGGAGAGAUCAUCCCAACUUACGCUAUGGGAACCCACCUCAACAAAGCAAUCAAGGCCGACAAUUCCAUCCCCAUGGAUUUCAAUCCCAACAGAAUUAUCAAGCAAGACAACCCCCUCCUCCAUUCACAAACUCCAAUGUUAUGGGGUCGUCAUCCAAUGAUGAUCUUCGUGAGAUGAUGAAAACUUUGGCUUCUAACACUGUGACCUUACAACAAAAUGUCAUGUCUUUUCAACAGGAAACACGGUCAAGUAUUCACAACUUGGAAAAGCAAAUGGGGCAAGUAGCUUCAAGUGUAGGGAAAUUGGAGGCACAAAUGAAUGGAAAGUUACCCUCCCAAUCAUUGAAUCCAAAAGAGAAUGUUAGUGCGAUCAUGUUGCGAAGUGGGAAAGAACUUGAAGAGCAAAGGUCGAAACAAAUUGAGAUUGAGAAAGAAGAAGAGAUAGAAACCGAAUUGAGUAGAAAGAAGAAACAUCCUCCUCUUUCCCAAACUGAAACAAUGACCAUUACUCCGAAGGUAAGUCCUAACUCAAUUAAUUCCAGUUUUCAACUAAUUCCACCCUUUCCUGUGAAUUCUUCUAGGUCAAAGAAAGAGGACAAAGAAAAAGAGAUUUUAGAGGUUUUCAAGAAAGUGGAACUCAACAUUCCUUUGCUUGAUGCUAUCAAGCAAAUUCCGAAGUAUGCCAAAUUCUUGAAGGAGUUGUGUACUACCAAGAGAGCUUUCAAAUUGAAUGGUCACGAAACGGUAAGUAUGGGUGAAGUUGUAUCUGCUAUUGUUCUAAAGAAUAUGCCUUUGAAGCAAAAGGACCCAGGUGCGUUUACUAUCCCAUGUGUUAUUGGUAAUGCUAGUUUUAACAGGGCCUUAUGUGAUUUAGGUGCAUCCAUUAGUGUUAUGCCUAAACAAGUUUAUGAUUCUCUUAGUCUUGAGCCUUUGAAUAAAACUAGUAUUGUAAUACAACUUGCGGAUCGUAGUUUUGUUUAUCCACUUGGUGUGAUAGAAGAUGUCCUAGUCAAGAUUGAUAGUUUGGUUAUUCCAUGUGAUUUUUAUAUUCUUGAUAUGGAACAUGAUUCUUGUGAUUCAUCAAACAACACUCCUAUAUUGUUUGGGAGACCAUUUUUGAAAACUGCCAAUGCAAAGAUUGAUUGUGGUAAGGAUACUUUAUCUAUGGAGGUAGGAGAUGAAAAAAUAGAAUUUAAUUUUCAUGAUGCAAUGACAUAUCCUUAUAGCAAUGUUUAUUCUAUCACAUGCUAUGACCAAGUUGAUAAGUGUGUGCAGCAAGUUUGUGGAUUAAGCGUAGCUUUGAGCUAUGGCUAUGAUUUUACCAAGAUAAAAGAGAUGAAGAGGCAUAUAUGUGUUCCCCAAAACGUGUACCAAUCAGCAUUGGCUUUGCAAGCUUUGCAAACUAUCCUCCAUGAUGUAGGAGUCAUUCCCCCCAUCACGGACAGUGAAUGGGUGGCAUCAAUCCUUUUGGUACCCAAAAAGACCGGAACCACGUUAGAAGAAAUUCGAAAUGAUGCUUACGAGAAUGCAAGGAUUUACAAAGAAAAGACUAAGAAUCUUCAUGACCGAAUGCUUACAAGAAAGGAGUUUCAUGUUGGAGACAAAGUCCUUCUUUAUCAUUCGCGUUUGAAACUUUUUCCUGGAAAGUUACGCUCUCGUUGGAUUGGACCAUUUGUUGUUUCUAAUGUUUUUCCUUAUGGUGCAGUUGAAAUUACAAGUUUAGAAACCAAUAAAGUACUCAAGGUCAAUGGGCAUCGCUUGAAACCUUUCUAUGAAGGUUGGACGGUAGAACUCACUGCUUCUGUGGAGUUAGCUGAACCAAUCUAUGAAGAAUGAGCAUGCAGCAUGUCGAGCCAAUGACAUAAAACAAAAGCGCUUACUGGGAGGCAACCCAGCACAAAAAAAAAAUCAGAUUUGCUUUCUUUUUUCCCUUAUCUUUUAUGUUUCGCAUUUUACUUUAUUUUUGUCAUUCUCCUAUAUUCCUUUUCUUUUAUUUCAACAUUGAGGACAAUGUUGUGUUUUAAGUGUGGGGGUAUUGGAAGAAUUUUCGUUUUCUUUGUUGUCCUUAAAAAAAAAAAAACUUCAUUUUCUUUGUUAUUUUUAAAAAAAAUUAUGUUUGAUCUUUAGAACUCCUAUUGAUUUUUGAGAAUACGAGUAUUAUGUAUGAGAAUUAGUUGAGAUAGAUGAAGAUAUAAAUCAAAUGAAUGAGUGUGCAUGAAAAUUUUAAACAUUUAAUUGCUUUAAGGAUUGACUUUGAGAAUAUGCCAUGUUGACUUUAUAGUGUUAUACCAAUGCAAGCUUUUGAGCCUUCAACAUUUUUUUUUUUUUUUAUUGUGCAUUCUUUCAAUGAUAUGUAUCUCUAGAACUUGCUUCAUAUCUUGUUGAGAUUACAUUCGCAUUACAUAUAUACAUGAAGAUGAUAAAGGCAUUAGAAAUUUUAACCACUUGAGCCAAAAAGCCAACCUAAAGCAAAUUGUCCUUAGUAAGCCUCUUUUGAGCUUGUUUAUCUUUUCUUUGCUUUAUCCAUGUAUAAGCCUUAACUUUUUAUAUGUUUUCCUUUUCCCCUGGCCAAGGAUUAGUAGAGCAUAUACUUGUGAUAUCUCAUGGAAUUAUAGUUGGAAAUUAUGUGAAAAGAAAGAAGAAGUGAUGCUUGAUGAAAAGAUGGGCAAAGUUGCCAAAGGUGAAAAAAAAAAAAAACAACAAAAAAACAAAAGUAUUCCUUUAUGUUCUUAAGGUUUUAUGUUGAGAGAGCUUGAAAUCAAAAGGAGUUAAGCAUUGGUGAUUAAAGAUGGAAAAUUUAUGUGUUUUGAUGGAAUAUCUUGUUUGAAAUAUCAUUUUUCAGAAUGCUCUACUUUCUUUGGUUUGAACCUUUUCUUUUACUCUCUUUUACCUCACCUUAACCUUAGCCCCAUUACAACCGGAAAAUAAGACCUUUUGAUUCAUGCAUUGCUUGUAAUAUGUUAGUAAUGGAGAUAAGAUUGAAGAGCAAGCUUAUGGUAGAUUAUAUUCAUUGAUUGAAUUUGAGAGAUUUAAACACAUAAGCCCUAAACACGUGAGUGUUGGAGUGUAUAUCAAUGAGAGGACCUAUCACUUUGGCAUGGCAUAGAUUUCAUUUAAAUCCUGACAAUUAAUUGAGCUUUGAAGUUUGCAUGUAAAUGAAUUCAAGAAAAUUUAUACUCUGUAUCCUUCUUGAUUGUAUUCUUGUUUAUAAUGCAUAUAUUCUUGGACAUUGAUGGGAGAUUAAGAGAUUGAUCAUAGUUAUUUUCAAUUUGAUUUUAUCUAUCCUUUCUCGAGGACGAGCAAGAGCUAAGUGUGGGGGUAUUUGAUGUAACCAUAUUAUUCGAUAGUUUCACUCACAUUUAACUAGUGUUUUGCCUAUUGUUUUAUGUAUAAAAUGCCUUGAUAUUCUUUGUUUUAUGUUUUGAAGGCACCUUUAGAUGAAAGAUGCAAAAAGGAGUAAAUUGGAGAUAAUUGGCAGAUUUGAUGUUCAGUCGAUGUUUUGUGCAGAGCGUGAGUUCUAAAAAUCGAAACGAAGUGAUUCCAGUGGCAUUAGAAAGAUAACAUCCAUACCUUUCUGGAAAUCUAAGUGAAGAAAAAUAAAAUGACAAAGAGUAUGGAAAUCACAUCCUUCAAAGUCAAAACUCGCAUUCUGCCAGUGUUGACCUUUGUCCAUUCAAAAUUCAAUAUCUGGAGAUGUUGAUAUCCAAUUGAUGCAAACUCAAUUGUUUUGGAUUCCUGACUCAAAGUUGUAUAAACGCUCCAAAUUUCAGCCAAAAACGAUGUCAUAUGAGGGUGAUAUGAUUUUUCAAAGAUGACAGCUAAAUUCUGCCAGCAAUCAGGUUUCGUGAAGAAACAAAUCCAAAUUACAUCCCGAAGCAUCAAAACCGACAUCCAAGUUUUAAUUUCAGCAAUUUAGCUCCUCAAGAACAUCAAUCCAGAAGGUCAAGGAAGGCAGCCACCAACCUCAAGCCACCAACCUCAAACCACCAACCAGCCGCCAGCCGCCAGCCGCCUUCACACUACCACCAUCUCUUGAUGUUCACACUUGAACUUUGAUUUUUCUUACUUGCAAUUUGUGUAUAAAUAGGCAGCUAAGUUCAUGAUAUUAGGGGAGCCAAGAGAGAGGGAGAGGGAGUGCAGUAGAAUCAAAGAAAGAAGGGUGGCAGCCAUAAGAGAAGAAACACAAACUCUCCCCUCUACAAAUCAGAAAUCAUGUAUUCUUUCAUCUUUAGGAGUAGUUUUUCAAUAGAUAUGCAAGGCUAAGCUCGUUUUCUUGGUUGUAAGGACGCAAACACCUUCAGAUUUCAAGAACUGUGAGAUUUAUUCUUCCAUUUAUUUUUGGUUUGUAUUAUGAAUGAGUAUGUUUGUUUUCCUAUGCAUAUUUCGUAUGAUUGUUUA